GAUAGAUGUCAUGAUGGAUUCGGGACGGCGGAGAGGUUUGAACAGUGUCCUGUCCUCCCUGUCUCUGCUCUGUGUGGUCCUGGACCUACAGCUGGACGGUGUUUUAGGCGCCACACCUGUUGAGAUCGAGCAACAUCUGGAAAUGGGCCGUAAGCUGCUGGCAGCCGGACAGUUGGCUGAGGCCCUGUCUCACUACCAUUCAGCUGUGGAGGGCGACUCUAAGAACUACCUGACGUACUACAAACGGGCCGCCGUUUUCCUGGCCAUGGGCAAGUCCAAGUCAGCGCUGCCAGACCUGACCCAAGCCAUUCAGCUCAAGCCAGACUUCCUCGCUGCCAGACUGCAGAGGGGUAAUAUUCUGCUGAAACAAGGAAGUACUCAAGAGGCCAGAGAAGACUUCCAAGCAGUACUGAAACGUUCCCCGGAUCAUGAGGAGGCACAUGACCAGCUCCACAAGGCCGACGAGCUGGAGUUACUCCAGGAAGAGGCACAUGAGGCGUAUCACCAUGGAGACUACACCACUUCUGUCCAGGUGCUGGAGCGAGUCAUCGAGCUCUCUCCAUGGGACCCAGAGUCUCGAGAACUAAGAGCCGAGUGUUUCGUCCGCCUCGGGGAGCCGAGAAAGGCCAUCAUGGACCUGACGCCAGCAACCCGUCUCCGUGCGGACAACCGAGCAGGCUUCCUCAAACUCAGUCAACUACAUUACAGUUUAGGCGAGCAUCACGACUCACUUAAUCAUGUCCGUGAGUGUCUGAAGCUGGAUCAGGAUGACAAGGAGUGUUUCGCCCACUACAAACAGGUCAAGAAGCUCAGCAAGCAGCUGGACUCUGCAGAAGAGCUGAUCUCAGAACAGAGGUAUCAGGAAGCCAUCGAUAAGUAUGAGUCUGUGAUGCGAACGGAGCCAAAUGUUGCGUUCUACAUUAAUAAAGCAAAGGAGAGGAUCUGUUUCUGCUUAGUCAAAAUGAAGGAAGCCGAGGAAGCCUUAGACAUUUGUUCAGAAGCUCACCAGAGAGAGCCUCAGAAUAUCCACAUCCUCCGGGACCGAGCGGAGGCCUACAUCCUUCUGCAGGAAUAUGAGAAAGCUGUGGAAGAUUAUCAGGAGGCUCGGGAGUUUGAUCAAGACAACCAAGAGAUUCGUGAAGGUCUCGAUCGGGCACAGAAGCUCCUCAAGCUCUCUCGCAAGAGGGACUAUUACAAGAUCCUGGGGGUCAGCAGGAGUGCCAACAAACAGGAAAUCAUAAAAGCAUACAGAAAGCUGGCUCAGCAGUGGCAUCCUGAUAAUUUCCAGUCUGAAGCAGACAAGAAAGAGGCAGAGAAAAGGUUUAUUGAAAUUGCAUCAGCAAAGGAAGUGCUCACAGAUCCAGAAAUGCGUCAGAAGUUUGAUUCGGGCGAGGACCCUCUGGACCCUGAGAAUCAUCAGGGUGGAGGAGGAGGAAAUAGAGAAUGGCCCUUCGGCUUCAACCCCUUCGAGAACGGAAACUUCCACUUCAAGUUCCAGUACAACUAAUGCAGAAUAAACGGACAAUGAUUUGGACUAGAGAACCUGUGUUAUAAACUGAACUUUAGAGGAAUCUUAUCAAAGGGGGAGUUUGAUUUUUGUUGUUGUUGUUGUUGAGACUUGAAUCCACAGGCUGUUUGGGACUUCUCCAGGAGCAAAUUACUUGAUUGGACGGACACCAUUAGUUUGGUGUUUGCUUUUCUCUGCUUAAAGACUUUAAAAUGGAGUCAAGUUGAACUUGGAGUCUUAAACCCAGCUGAGUCAUUACGGCCCGAAGGUUUCUUUGACGUAUGUGCCAUUGUCUCUCUCAUACUGUCUUUUUUUUCUGCUGCUUGUUUGUUUACUUUGAAUGACACUCCAGAAUUUAGGGUUGUGGUUUCUUUUAGACCGUGCCAAGUACUUCUGACACCAGUAUGUCAUAUUUGCAUUCUUAUUGUUUCAGCUCUGACAUGCCGGCAGCCUUGAAAUAGAUAAAGCAGUAUUGCACGCUUUUCUGGCAAAAGAAGUACCUUAGUUUUCUUAUGACUUUCUCAAUUUCAUAAUCUGAAGUGUUUCCCAUAAAAACCACCCUUGGGCUGCUUUAUAGCCUCACACUUUCGAUCUGAUAGCAGUUUGCACAAUAGUUUUUUACUGAAGUCUUUGCUAAAAGGUUACUUGACAGAAAGUUUAUGAUCAUUCUGCAGCUGUUGCAAAUGACAAAUCAGAUGACAGACUAUGAAGCAGCCUUCCAAGGUUUUUUGUCUGUCAACAGGUCGAUUCCCACAACAACGCUUUGAAACUAUUAUGUAAACUUGAUGAAUUACUCCUGCACGGUCUAAUUUCAAGUUGAAGGUCAAUCUACUUAAUCAAUCACUAUUACAUUUAUGUAUAUUUAUCUCCUAAACCUUAAAAUAAUAUUUUUUUUUAUUUGAAGGUUUAUGACAUGCCAUCACCAUUAUUUAAAAGAUUUGCGGUUUUGGGCCGGUUUACGAUUGUUCGUGUGUGCCGACAUGCCAAAGCAAAAUGUCUUCUUGACCUCACUGAUGUUAAGGACAAGGGUCUUCCAAAUGUUUUAUGCUUGUUUUUCAUUUGUUUUAAGAUAAACAAAAUCAUGAAAAACUCCCAAGAU